AUGGUGCUUCUUGAGUCAUCAGUAACAUCAACUCCAAUAGAAGUCAUCGCAAGCUCCUUUUUAGCAAUUUUUCUGGCUGAAAUUGGAGACCGCACAUUCUUCGUCAUCGCUGUCCUUGCAAUAAAAAAUUCAAGGUCAGCAGUCUUUUUAGGGAAUUGGAUUACUAUUAGUAUAUUAGCUGUGAUUGCAGCAUUUAUUGGCGCAGCCGCAAUGAAAUUCAUUGAUCCUUUAUAUAUACAAAUUGCUUCUUGCAUAAUGUUCUUGGUGUAUUCACUUCUCUGCUUUUAUGAGGCAUAUCAUGGAGAAAAUGAGUCAGAUUCAGACAAAAAUGAUCCUCUGUUGGCGGGAAAUGAAUCAAAUGGAGAAAAUCAUGAUCCUUUGCUAGCAGAAAAUAGUCAAAGACUAUCGUGGAUGAAAGCAUUUUGGAAGACAGCAAUUAUGGUUUUUCUUGCUGAAUGGGGAGAUAAAUCUAAUAUAACUAUCAUAUCACUAUCUGCUCUUACUCCAGAGAGGCAUGCUUUUAAGAAUUUAUUUAAAUUUUUAUCGAAUUUAUUUAAAUUUUAAUUGGAAACUUCAUAUUUAAUAGAAAAUACAGGGAGUUAGCGAUCCUAUUUUGGUUGCAAUAGGAGCGAUAUUAGGGUUUGCAGUCAUAGGAUUGAUUGGAGUUAUUGUUGGUAAACUUGUUGAAAAAUAUAUAAAUGAAAAGGCCAUAAAAAUAGCAGCUGGUGUCUUAUUCCUCAUUUUCGCCAUAUUUGCCCUUCUUAUGAUCAUUUAUGAUUUUGAGUUUUAA